UUUUUUUUUUCCCUUUGUCGUCUUUUUCUUUUCUCUUUUUCUUUUUUCUUUUCUCUAUUUCAACCUAUAUAUAAUGUCUCAAAAUUUAUCAGCACUUCGUGAUCAACUUAAAGCAGAAUUACACUCAUCUUCUCCUAAUCUUCAAAAAUGUAACCAACUUUUAGUUCAGUCAAAGAUUGCCAUGAUUCAACUUGGUGCGUAUACACCUACAGCACAACAAAUGGACCCCAAUGCUUUGGUAGUAGCAAGGGAUAUUCUUGAAAUGGGUGCUUAUCAUAGUGUUCGUGUAAAGGACAUUGCCUCUUUUGAACGAUAUAUUGCUCAACUUCAUCCUUAUUAUCAUGAUCUUGCAUCGGCACUUCCUCCUUCACCUCAAAUGUAUCCUUUGAUUGGACUCAAUUUACUUCGUCUUUUAUCACAGAAUCGCCUAUCAGACUUUCAUACAUCAUUGGAAACCAUCGAUUCUGAACAACUACAAUCAAAUCAAUAUAUCAAACAAGCUGUAGAUUUAGAGCAAUUCUUAAUGGAAGGUAGUUACAAUAAAGUCUGGAGUACAAGAAGCACGGUUCAAGGGGAAGAAUUCAUGUUCUUUUAUGAUAUCUUGAUCAAUACCAUUCGAAACGAAAUUGCUAGCUGUAGUGAAAAGGCUUACGAUUCUCUUCCUUUACAAGAUGCUGGAACUUUACUGUUUUUGAAAAACACUCAAGAAUUAUUGGAUUUUGCAAAUGAACGUGGAUGGAAGGUCAAUCCUGCAGAACACAUGGUUCAAUUCGUAGCUGAUGACAAGGAUGCUGUAGAAAUCCCUCAAGAACAAAUCAUUACUCGUACCCUGGCAUAUGCAAGAGAAUUAGAACGUAUUGUGUAGAUAGUGUUAUUGAUUAUUGAAUAAAAAUUAGUUUUAUAUACGUAACUUCAAAUAAAGAAACGUACUUAGUAUUAUGGA